AUGGCCGCAAUUCGCUCUCUCGGGCUCCACGAACCCUCAGCCAUACCCUAUCUCGUCGGAGAGUCGAUCAUCUUGCAGCAUACCCCCGAUGAUGACAGAUUUAUAUGGAAGACUUGCCAUUACGAAGACGAGAACAACACCCCUGUUGAAGAAGAACUCUUUUUAACGGACCAUUGUGUCGUUUGGUCUCGUGGAGGCGUCGUCGUACGGUCUUUCGGAUUCGAUGUUGAGAACGAGAAGGUCGUCCACGCGCUUUUCGCGUAUUUCCCCGACGGCGAAAGGACGAAUGACACCAAGAAAGGCUCAGGGGAUGUCCCAGGCAGCGGUACGACAGCCCGAGGCCCUGUGUCGAGGACCGAUAACCUGCGUGGCUUGAGUGGAAGACAGGGAAAGCAGGUAACAAUUGAAGAGAAGCUCAACAUCGACGGGAUUGCAGGUCUCUCUAUAGUUGAGGGCAGUGUGAAGAGACCGGUUGCAAGAGCAUUGGUUGUAGUGUUACAAUCACAAAUACACAUCUUUUUCCUCUCUGGCGAUACCCAUGUGAUUCCAUUGCCGUUUGAGGUGGGCUCGGUUUGGGCAACACCCUGCGGAUUGCUCUUCCAACGGAAGGCUUCUGAAGACAAUACGCCGGUUCCGCUAGUGCCUCCUAAUUCCUUUGUCUCCUCGCAGGUGCUGCAUGGAAAACCAAGAACGUCGGGAUCGUUUACUCAAUCCGCGCGGAGUAGUGCUCGGUUCUCAUUAACGCUUUCCCCCUCCCAUCCGGCAAAGUGGAACUUGAAGCCGGAGCCAGAGGCUUCCCAGCCAAGAACGUUCUCUCUCUUAGACCCGCACUCCGAGAUGGGACUGGUAGCGGUGUCUCCGGGCGCACAACACGCCCGCGCUGCUAAAACCCUUGAAGCUUUGAGUGCUUCAGAGGAAAUUCUCUACGUGUCGUUCACAAAUGAGUUCCCAGAACUCGCUUCUACAGCGCAAGUAAAUGGCCCACUAAUAUUGGUGGUAACACUCAAUGAAACAGCCGGUGUCUAUACCAUAUGGACCGCUCAGCAAAGGGACAAAGGUUCUGCCAUCCGCCAUAGCCAAAAGAGAAGGUCAUCUAGCGGGACGGUUGCUAAACGGAGGAGUUCCUAUUUUGACGUAGCUGCUGGGGCUACCACUCCCGGAGGUCAUACUCGACCGGAAGACGCAGAAGACCUGGCUUCGCAGCUAGGCCAUGACUUUAAUGAUAUUGGGGUUUCGUGGAAAGCAUCGAGAAGAGUUAGCUCUUUACUGGCUCGGAGUGACUUGGGAGCAAAUCAUGAUAGAAACACAUUCUCAGAUUUGGUGACCGGAAACCAAUCGAAUAUCCCGCUGUCUCGUAAGAGAGACUCAUUUGCUGGGAGCUCGCGCGCGAGUCUUGGCUACCGCCGUAGAAGCUCGCUACCUCCUGGGAAUACUUCCGUGUUCAGUGCUGCGAGCAGUUUUCUCGACGCUCCCGUUGAUAAAUUUUUGGAUGGAUUGACCAAGGGAGGCAAUUUUGAGGGAUUCGAUAGCAUGGGCCUCGGAGAAAGUGUAUCCGGACUGCCAAAGGAAGUUAUUCUGUCGAAAGUGGGCAGUUAUUCUUCCGGGUUUUCCUCUGUCCAGGGCAUUCCACCGUUUGAAAAAGGCCGGAAAUUUGAAGUGUUUACCUUGUCAUCCUUCUACGAAACUUCUCAGAACGACCCUGAUUCGACCCCUUUAGCCGUCUGCAUCCUGAACAGGCACUCGAGAAAUUUACUAGUGCUUAAUUUACAGGUUCGCAGAGCCCAACGAUCUUCGCUGAGCUCCAAAAAAUCAAAGGCUAAAGCCACCCAAGGCAAUCUCUUGCAUACUGUCCAACUCAAAGAUGUACGACAAGGCUCGAACGUUAUUGACUGCCGCAAGCUCGUUGAUGGCAGUAUUUCUCGAAUGAUUGUCCUGUCGACCACUAUGGACGGCCGGGGCGAGUUGACAUUGCAAGCUCCUUGGAGCACGCUUGUAAAGAUCGACCUUCCGUCCAGUAUGGUAUUACACGAUCCUUCUGGAAUCUCGUUCGCACGCUCUUCGUUCCACCCGCGGGAGGCAGGUUUGAGGAGAGUUCUCGAUACUAGCGAUAUCAAUUUAUGCGGCCUCGAUCAUCCUAGCAAUCGCGGAAAGAUAGACAUCACCGAUAGCCAAAACAGAAGGCAUAGACUGCAGAUUCAGUUAGAACCUCGGAAUCUUCUGGUCAAGCGUGCACUCUCGGUUUGCAGAUUCGCGUUGCGACAAUCCGAAAAAGCUGGGGAUGGGAUCCUGGUUUGCUGGUGGGAAGUCUUAAGAUGGUUACGGGCGAGGAACGAAGGUGAAAAUGACCUAGAAUGGACAGCCUUUGUUGUCACACUCUUUUCCAUGGCCGUUUAUUUUAUCGACGGCAAUUUCUCGAAGCCUAUUGUAAAGCCAAAGCGGAAAAGAGGCACAUUGUUACGUUCAAGUAGUGGGAGCUCUGUUGAUCUCGAUAGCUGGGACGCGAUGUUAGAACGACAAUCCGGUUCCUCCGGUGUAGGGCCUUCUUGGAUGAUGACACCAGCCUGGGGUUGGAUCCUUGAGGAACAAGAACGCCGUGAAGACGUAUUUCGGUCCGAACACCAGCCUAGCCUCUUCUUGACAUGCGGGCCAGCUUCAAGAAAGAAUGGAUAUAUCCUCCGAUGUGCCUCGCUCGCGCGUGAAUUUAUAUCAUCCCCUCAAGGAGAAGCUGCUUCUGGUGCUGAAGGCUAUUUACCCACUGCUAUUUCGCAAGACCCUGGGACACGAAAGACCGCGCUUGGUGCAAUACUAGUUGCUCUGCAUUUGUUUCGCGAGGAACUAAAGCUGUCGACCAUUGAUGCUGACUUAUCGAACUGCGAUUCAGGUCUUAUGGUGCCUGUACUAGCCCAGAUUGGGGGUUGGUUAGGGUGGAGUUCAUGGACAUGGGAAGAGCAUGCGUACUAUGGUACCGAAAGUGCAAGUAUGGAGAGCUGGCUGUUUGAACAGUCUCAGAUAUCGAGGCUUGACGUCCCCGAGGAGCCGUUUCCCCCGCCUUCCCUGUUUCAGUUCGUGGAAAAUUUCUUGCAGAAUAAACCGUCUAGUUUUAUGACCCUUAUUGAUAUGGUCUCAAGCUCUGGUGCUAAGCAAGGCAGCGGGAAAAUAUGGGAACAAGCAUUAAGCCUUACCCCUAGAACCCUGGCGAUCUCUGGGUUUUUUUCGGAGAUCAACUUGCAAUCAUCGACGGUUGAAAAGACAGCAUUGCUGCUUCGAUGGGGACUAACAUCCUCUGUUAUUGACACUCUUCCGAUCGGCAUUAGCGCCCCAUUGCACGAGGCGAUAAUUCGGUGUGGAGGCAAUGCCACUCCUCGCUGCGGACCAUCACUACUAAAGUUGGUCGACCGAAAUGACCUUUCCUUGACUAUGACAAACGAGCAUCUCACCCCCACGAUGCCGCGGUUACAAGUUCUACAAUCACACGAUGCCUUGCGGGACGUGCAUCACAUCGGUUGCUCAGUUUACGAUGGCAGUGGAGUGAAUUCCUUUGAAGCUUCUACGGAGGCCGAUAGACUUUCGAUUACGAAGCUCAUUUUCCGUGAAGAUAGGCGAUACUUCGAAGCCGUCAAAAUUCUAAACCAAACGAGAGCUCCAGUUGCAGAAUGUCUACAGGAACCAGAUUGGUCUGAAGCCGACUUGCUUGAAGCCCAAAAGGAGCUAGUUCAGCUUGUCACUUUGCGAACAUUGUCUAUUCCAAGUGGACGUGGUUUGAUGUCGUUUAGCAGUCGGGUUCCUCUUUCAACUGAAAAGCUUCCAAUCCCAUCGUUCUCGUUGCAAUGCGUCGUCAAACCAUCAAAUAUUACUAUUAGCGCCGAAAGAACAGCAUUCACCGAAGAAAAGGUUUGCUGGGCUUUCUUUCAUAACGGUGCUUCGACCGGUCUUGCCAUAUCUAAAGCUGCAAAGGGUAUUGAUACUUCAUGGAUCCUAUACAAUAAACCCGGUGAAUUGACAAAUAGACACGCGGGCUUCUUACUUGCGUUAGGUCUAAACGGCCACCUCAAGUAUUUGGCAAAAUGGGUCGCUUUUAAAUAUCUGACACCUAAGCACACGAUGACGUCCGUUGGCCUUCUUUUGGGUCUCUCCGCGUCAUAUCUUGGUACGAUGGACACCUUGAUAACGCGUCUUCUUUCGGUCCACAUCACAAGAAUGCUUCCACUGGGUGCUGCAGAAUUGAACCUUUCACCGUUGACACAAACUACCGGAAUUAUGGGAAUUGGUUUGCUGUACUGCAACUCUCAACACCGCCGUAUGAGCGAAAUCAUGCUCUCAGAGAUUGAGAAUAUGGAGCCAGAGGACACAUCAAUGUCACAAGAGAUGUUGAGGGACGAAGGGUACCGCCUAGCGGCGGGUCUCGCUCUCGGUUUCAUUAAUCUAGCCAAAGGGAAAGAUCUAGGAGGCCUUCGAGACAUGCGGAUUAUCGAGAGACUCCUUGCGCUUGCUGUUGGCACGAAGAAGGUCGAUAUGGUACAUAUCCUCGACAAGGCCACAGCAGGCGCUACUGUUGCGCUAGCAAUUAUCUCUAUGAAGUCAAAUGACAAGUCUCUUGCAAAACAGAUCGAUAUACCUGAUACGAUCGCUCAGUUUGACUAUGUUCGCCCGGAUAUAUUCUUACUUCGAACAUUGGCCCGACAUUUGAUCAUGUGGGAUUCGAUCAAGCCCAGUCAUGACUGGGUUCAAAAGUCUCUACCGAAACCUUACCAGAGGAAAUCUCGUCUGAUUACAGUCCGUCGAUUGAGUACCGACGACAUGCCGCUUUUCAACAUCAUCGCUGGCAUCUGCUUCGCUGUGGGCCUUCGAUAUGCUGGUUCUGCAUCCACCGAAGCUCGGGACCUCCUCGUUGCUUUUCUCGACCAAUUUAUUCGGCUCUGUCGUCUUCCAGCCAUUAACUACGACGCGAAGUUAACUCGAAACUCCGUCCGAAAUUGCCAAGACACUGUUGCUCUGUCUGCGGCGCUUGUUAUGGCUGGAACUGGCGAUGUCACCGUUUUCCGCCGUUUGCGAUCGCUACAUGGACGUGUGGACCCCGAUACCCCGUAUGGAAGUCAUAUGGCAGCGCAUAUGGCCAUAGGAGUUCUAUUCUUGGGUGGAGGAACGUAUACGGUGGGGACGUCCGAUCUCGCCGUCGCAUCAUUACUUUGUGCGUUUUAUCCAUUGUUCCCCACUACCGUACUAGAUAAUAAAUGCCAUCUACAAGCGUUUCGUCAUCUCUGGGUUUUAGCUGCUGAGCCCCGAUGCUUGAUUCCUCGUGAUCUCGAGACAGGGCGUGCGAUGCAAAUUCCUGUGUCGUUGACGCUGAACUCCGGCGAGACAACGACAGCGAUGGCACCCUGUCUUCUUCCAGAAUUGGCAACAAUUGCGAGUGUUAAAGUGCAGAGCCCUGACUACUGGAACCUAACUCUUGAUUUUACAACCAACGAGAUCUUACGCGAUAAAUUCCGCCACGGCAAUCAAUCUAUCUACCUGAAGCGCCGAACUACAUACAAUGCCGAAAAAUCCGCAUUCGCGGCCACAAUGUCUGCAUUGAGCGAACUUCAAGACGUCCCCGUUUCCUCUUCCAAAUUAAUGGGGGCAACAGGGAACCCGGUCACUCCGGCGUUAUAUGCACACGGUAAAUCCACUGUCGAAGUCAGGAUUCCAGUACGCCAUCUAUGGGAGUGGAUAUUCAACCUGGGAGCAUUCCGGCAUCUUGAUAUGAGUGAGAAGACGUUGGUUUUGCCCCCAAAUCCAUUUGACCAGCCACUGAAGCCGAGUCCGGGAAGGGAGGAUAUUGUGCUACCUUCAUGGAUUCGCCCUACGGUCGUCGAGGCCAGGUUAGCACUGGAUAGGACGGUGCGAAACAUGAUUGCUGCUGCAGCGGGUAGGGGCGCUGGAGCUGACGUGAUAAGGGAUAGAUUGUGGCAGUUACGGCUGCUCUUUGCGUGGGUGGAGGGCAUAGAGAGGGCGGCAAAGGCGAAGGAUGGGGGUUCUGAGGAUGACGAAGAUAGGGAGGAGAAAGGGUUGUGGUUGCGGAAAGAUGUUAUUGAGGAUAUUAAGUGGAAAAUUUGGGCCAUUCAGGCGGGUGAUGAAGGGGUCCUUGGGAAAGGUUAGGUCGGGCAAUGUGUGUGAGAGUGUUAAGGCGGCUGUGAUACCCAUGAGAUCUACAUAAGCCUCGCGGUGGAUUUGACUCGAGGAUGCCGUGAUAUCCUUUUUUUUAAUUACUUACGGGGAAAGCUAUGGAUAUUUGGAGGCACGUUUUGUCCAUAAAACGAAGAGUAUUGGGGGGGUGGGUUUGUUGUCCACCUGGUGCAGAUAUACGUGUAUCGAUAUCAUGAGAGUUUCAUCGCAAAGAAAAUAUGAUUUAUGUCACAUAUC